AUAAUUUCAGAUGAUUUCUGAAGAAAUAAUGCAGGGAGAGGAAAAGUUUGAAGUGCCUAGAAAAAAGGCGAGCAAAAGAAAGAUGGAAGUUGAUAACGAGGACCCUGUAGCUGGUGGUGAAGCGGAGGAUGGAGAUGUUGAUCUUAGUAUACUUCAACCUGCCUUCCCGCCGCUAAAGAAGGAGAAACUCGCCGACGGCACUGAGGUUCGAAAGGUCCCAGUCCCCCAGCACAGAUAUUCACCCCUCAAGGAAAACUGGAUGAAGCUGUUUGAACCUAUCGUGGAACAUCUUAAACUUCAGGUCCGAUUUAAUCUGAAGAGCAAGAAUGUAGAAAUCAGAACCUGCAAGGAUACGACGGAUAUUCAGAAUUUACAGAAAGCUGCAGAUUUUGUGCGCGCUUUCGUGCUCGGCUUUGAGGUUGAGGACGCCCUUGCGCUCGUCCGUCUCGACGAUUUGUUCAUUGACUCAUUUGUUGUUCAGGAUGUGAAGACACUGAAGGGUGACCAUCUUGCCCGAGCUAUAGGUCGAGUAGCUGGUAAAGGAGGUAGAACUAAGUAUACAGUUGAGAAUGUGACCAAAACUAGGAUUGUUCUCGCAGAUGCUAAAAUACAUAUUUUAGGUUCUUAUCAAAAUAUUGCAAUUGCUCGACGUGCCAUCUGUAAUCUAAUUCUCGGGAGUCCUCCCAGUAAGGUUUAUGGAACUCUGAGAACAGUUGCUGCAAGAUCGGCGGAGAGGUUUUAACCACCCUCCGCCCCCCCUCAACCUUCCGCUCAGAAGUGAAUAAAGUCGAAUAAAUUUUUUAUAUUUUUUGAGACAUUUUUUAAAAGUUUCAGA